AUGGCCGCUGCCGCUGUCAUCGAUUUCUUUGAGCGCCUGUCGGAUGGGGGUUUAUUUGACGGCUCACAUCUGAGGAAGCUUUGGCUAGCUUUACGCAAGGACACAAAUGCUUCUGGCGCCCAGUUUGCCAAAUGUCUGCUUGUCUACAUUGCUGCACCGGAGAAGCACGAAACCGACAAGGUUAUCCCGAGGUGCAUAAAAGAGUGGGCAGGGCAAAUGCCCGCAGAACCCUGGGCCGAAGAAGUCAUCAGCGUUUUGCUUGGGCAGCUGGCUGCGUGGAUCCCACAUGCCGCCAAGCACAGUCGUGUGCGGGUCCUAGAUCUGAUUCUGUCCGUCCUCCGCGGCGUGCGGCGAGAGAUGUCCUUGGAAGAAGGUGUCCGGACCGCGGUCGUGAAGAGCCUUCGUGAACACCUGCCUGACAAGGAUGACAAGGUCAGGCAGCUAGUGGUCAUCGCUCUGACCAAGCUGGGUUUCCCUCAGUGUAUUUGCAUUGCCUGCGCCGCAGCGGAAACUGUCAUGCCCGCGUAUCUGGUAGAAACAGGGACCAAAUGCAGCAUCUGUGGCCCGUCACAGGAUGGCGAGGGCGAUGCUGAGGUUUCGGAGUUGCUCGCGGAGCUCACGGACGCGCUGCACAGCGACCUUAGCCAGGAUGUGCGGUUGGAGCUCGUGAACCGGCUACCGCUAGACAAACCGACCCUGCUGGAAGUGCUUCGGCACCAGUCAGAUCGUUCCGCAAAGGUCGCCGCAGCGGUGUACGACAGGGUCGCGCGUGACGUGGCCAUGGCGAAGCCAGCAACACCUGGAGGCCUGGCUACUAGCGUGGAACAGCGCACGUCCCUGAUGUGGUAUGGCCUGCAUGAGCCGCGCACGGCGGCACGCAAAGCCGCGCAGGGCUUGCUGGCCAAGUGGUUCACGGAGGACGCUGCAGGGGAUGUGGUCAAGCUGGUCGAGGUUUUCAACCCCCAGGCGAAUGCAGAGCUCUGCCAACUUAUCAUGGAGCAGCUCGUGGAGCAUUCUCAGUGGGACCCGCAGACGGCUCCCAUCAAGGACUCCAUCCCCCAGUGUUAUAAAGGUGCCCUGCACACGUAUUCAUUGGCCCCCCAGGCCUGGCUUAAGGCCGAAACUGCAGCUGGACGGAGCUUGCCAGACCUCCUGCGCGUCGCUGAACAGUUUAAAGAGCAGCACCAGCAGGCGAGGAGUGGCGCGGCUGGCCGUAGCGGCGGUGCCGUAGGGUCCUGGCUGACCGGCGUGAGCCCCGCGCUGGCUACUGUGUGGGUUUUCGCCAGCCGGAAGGUGACGGACGUAGCCACUGGCAAGGGCCGAGUCGCCGCUGAGAAGGUGGCGGGGGUGGUGGCGCAAGUGGAGGCCAGUGCAGGCGCACAGGCCGAGACGGUGCUGGAAGCCUUCCUGCCGGUGGCGCAGCAGAUGGCUAAGCUGUGUCUUCUCGCAGCGGAGGCUGGGCCUUCAUACCGCUAUAUCACGACCCAGCUUCUAGAGUCGGCAACCCUCUCGUACAUGCUUGCCAGGCCCGACGGCGCUGAACCCCCGGAGUGCAAGGCGCGGGAUUCCUUUCAGCCGGCUUCCAGCAGCGGCAGGGGUGCUUGGGAGGCCGCCGUGCUGCAGUUUGCGGCAGCAGUUUAUGGCAGCGACCGCUCGGGCCUGGUCCACAGCGUGUUGCCCAUGGUCCUGGAACUUGCGGAUUCGGGGAGACCGUCUGAGCAUGGCGGGAGGAUUCAUGAUGAUGCAGCUGCAACUGCUGCUGAAGGGCCUCUCCUCCAGGCGCUCACGUUCCUGCACCUGCUCAUGGCAGCAGCGGGACCAAGCGUGCCGCCAUCCGCCAGCGCGCCAGCACCGCUUCCGGCUGCUGCUGGUGCUGCAUGCAGCAGCAGUGACGGCAGUGAGCCCAGUUGGACGCUAGCUCAGGCGGUGGAUAGGUUGGCGUGGACUGCGAGCGGGAACCCAUCGCCAGCCGUGCGUGCCGCUGCCAUUCGCUGCUAUGUGGAGCUGUGCCUGCGGGACGGGGGAGCGGCACAUCUACCACGCGCCGGGGCAGUCCUGGCCCCAUUGCUGCCCGCCGUGGCUGCGAGCAGCGCAGCUGCGGCCACUGCAACGGUCGCCUAUGAUGGCGACGACGACCGUGACUUUGUGGCCCAACAGCAGCUACCCCGACGAGUGGCCCUGCAGGGCCUUUUGGACUUGUCGCUGACGUGGGGAGAGCCGACACUAACAACGGAGCUGCGGAAGGCUACCGCGGCGGCAGAAGGGCAACGCCAUGUGGAUGACGUUACGGCGCAGCUGGCGACGUUGGGCAUGAAUGGGAGUGGAAGCGGCCAGCAGCCGACUGCGGCUGCUGCGGCGGCGGCGGCGGCAGGGUCGGAGCGGCAUGGCGUCGGUUCCGAGGUCCAUAUGGCGGCACGUGGCGCAGUGGCGGACGCUCUGCUGGGGUCCGCGCGUCUAGUCCACGGCUGGCCUUUCCAGCUCCGGCUGAAAGCGCGGCUGCGGCACCAGCCUCGCCAGGCAGAGCAGCUGCUUACCCGACUGCUGCUUGCCAGGUUCAGUCCCUCCCUGGAGUCGGAGCCCUGGCUGCGGUCACAGCUGUCCGCCUUCUUUAAGUCCUUUCAGGAAGCGGCAUCAGCGGCCGGCGACGAUGGGGCUGUGCACCGCCGCAUGCUGGCCGGCUCCUUCCUACACGCUGCACGCUACGCCAUGGCGUUGCCGGCGCCGGUGGGGGCCCCCGCCACUGCACGCGGCUGUGCGGCCCCCGCGCUGAUGGAGUUUACAGGCGAGCUGUUGGCCUCUGCAGCGGCUGCAGUGAUUCCAACAGCGGUAGCUACGGGUGACGUCAUGGUCUCCCGUGAGGACGCCCAAGACCAGGCCGCCGCUGGCGCGGCUGCUGCUGCUGCUGCAGCCGCAUCAGCCGUUAUCCAGCAGCCUGUCGAUGCAGUGGUUGAGUUGUGUGAGCUGGUUCUGGAGGAGGUUGUCCGGCUGGGCUCCCCAGGCAGCGCCUCCCUGGACACCAGCGAGGGCCGGGUGCGAGCCUACGCAGCGGAGCUGUGCAAGACACCCAUGCGGCUCUUGCCUGGCCUGCCCUUCACCGGCGUGGAAGCCAACGCCGCCGGCCUUACCAGCAUCCGGCGAUUGGCGUACCUGGGACGCCGUGCGGUGCUGGCGGUCGGCGAGAGCCUGGUUAAGACAGUGGUACCUGAUACCGCUUACAAGAAGCUGCAGGAAUUCGUUCGCGAGCUGGAGGAGCUUCAGAAGGCCAAGACGGCGCCGCUGAGCAAGGAAGACGCCCAAGUCUUCCUGCAGACGCUGAAGGAGCAGCUCAAGGACCGCCUAGAGGAAUUACCCUCCCUGGAGGAUGUCACCGCGGAGCUGGCACCGGAUGAUGAUUGCGACGCGUUGCGCGUGGACGCGUCCCGGGCAGGAGCGACAGCGGACCAAGCGCGUGCCAGGAAGCGGGGCACUGCAGCAAGGGGCAGCAGGGGCAAGGCUAGCGCCGGCACGAACACACGGACCACCCGGCAGGCCGGCAAAGCCGCCUCGAGUCGCGGGCCGUCCGCAGGCGUCAGUCGGCGAAAUGACACACGCAACACAGCGGACGCAGAUUCCGACACCGACUCUGACGGCGGCGAUUUCGACUCCCAAGAUGACGGCGGCGGCGAGGACGGAUCCACCGCCAAAGCACUCACCGCCGCUGUCGACGCCAGCAAAGCGGCGAAGGGCAGGUCGCGGGGUGCCGGCCCCGCCAGCCACCGACAGGCGGCGUCACAGGGCACAACAGAGGCCUCGGAUUCAUGUAGCCAGCCGGGCCGACGGUCGGUCCGGGCCGCUGCAGCUAAGGCAUCAGAGAAGCUGGAGGCAUUGAGAAUCAGAGGCAGUGCAGAGAACAAGCUAAUCUAA